AUGCCACGGACCACACGACGACAAGAGCCGUCACUGCAAUAUUUGUUCCACGAACUCGAAAGACAUGACAAAGAUUGGCUUGUCGACACUCUCCAGCAGAGAUGGAUACAGCUGGAGGCAAGAACGAAAGCGUCUGCAAUCUCGACGAGAGGCACCAAACGGGGACGAUCCCGAAGUCUUGACAUGGACUUCGCAGACUAUCCUCAUGAUCUGACGGCUUACAUCUUGCCGGCCCAUCAGUCUGUCUCGGAGCAUGUCGCUCAUCUACGUGCCUUUGACUGGUCGUCAACGCCGUUGGGAGAUAUGCAAUACUGGAGCGAAAUGCUUCGUCGCGACGUUAAUUUCCUGCUCGUCGACCCUCGAGCAGCGGUGCUCUACUGGGGCAAAGACAGAGUCAUGAUUUACAACGAGCACUACCGAGAAAUUCUUGCGGAGAAGCAUCCGUGGGCGUUGGGCAGGCCAUGCAAAGAUGUCUGGCCUACCACCGAAGCCUUGGAGAAGGCUUUUGCAAAAGGUGAUGCUACUGGAACUUCGUCAAAAGGUGACCAAGAAGAAUUUGCCAUCGAUCGCAGAGGCUUUCUGGAGGAGAUUUACGCAGACUGGUCAAUCGUCCCGAUCGCAGACGGACAGGGCUCCUUCGCAUUCUACAAUACGGUAUCUGAGGUCACAGCGCAGGUUCAAUACCAACGGCRGAUGCAGACGCUACUUACGCUCGAACGACAUACUCUCGAGUCGAAGAAUCAGGCAGCUUUCUGGAAACACCUUUUGGAAGGCCUGGAGGGAAAUAAACAUGAGGUGCCUUUUGCGCUCUUGUACUCGAGUCAGUCUUCCAGGCGUCAUUCCGUGGCAUCUUCAGCCGACAGUAUCAUUCUAUCGGACGAAUUUCGAUCAACUGCGGAGUCUUGGAGUCUUGAAGGUGUGAUUGGCGUACCAGCGGGUGCAGUGCCAAUAGAUAUCGACAGCGAAUGGGCCACAGAGAACAUUUCAUCCGAGUUCCUGCUCGCUAUUAACAGUGGUACUGUGCAAAGCAUAGACCUCAACAAUGGUCCAACACCUUCAGGGUUGAAUCGAAUAGCAAAUUCUCGAGCACACGGUGAUGCAUGUAGAAUGGCCGUUCUGAUUCCAAUUGGAUUAGCGAAGAGCAACCAUGACUCUGGAUUUCUGUUGCUCGGAAUAAACAGCAGAAGAAUGUAUGAUGCCUCCUAUGAAUCAUUCAUCAGACUCCUGCAUCGACAAUUGGUAUCCACGCUCGUAUCGGUGAAGAUGGCCGAGGAUGAGGAUCAUCGCGCGAAGGUUCUGGCCGAGAAAGCUGCCCUGGACAGGACUCUACUUUCGAAUCAGCUCGAGAUGACUGCACAAGAAGCCAGAGAUAACGAAAAGAGGUUCAUGACAACAGCCGGCACGCUCCCGAUUGCCAUGUACGAGGUUUCGACGAAGGGAGAGAUUCUGUUUGCUAACAAUGCCUACUACGAGUUGACUGGUGUUGACCCAAACAACCUAUACCCAUUCUGUUGGGAAAACGCAAUAGAAGAAUCUGAGCGGGCUGUUUACGAGGCAAACUUCAAAAUGCAAAUGGCUGGCGAGACCAUACGUUUCGAGGCCAGAAUGAAAAGGCCAUGGAUUGCGGAGGAUCUCCUCCGGGGAGAACGCGUCCAAGGCGAAACCUGGGUGCUAUCUGUGGGAUACGCUCUGAAGAACCCGGACGGCACAAUUCGUUCAUUACAAGGCGCUUUGAUCGAUAUCUCAAGACAGAAGUGGAUGGAGGGCUUUCAAGAGCGCAGGCUCAAGGAAGCCAUUGAGCUCAAGAGACAACAAGAGACCUUUAUGGACAUGGUGGGGCAUGAGAUUCGAAAUCCCCUCUCUGCAAUCACUCUUUGCGCUAGCGGAAUACUUGAUCCAUUGAAGGCGGCUCUCAAGGCCUCUCACAACAACGAAGUGGUGCUCAAGCGAGAAGAUGUGGCGUCCCAUAUCGAGAACUGCGACAUCAUCACCACCUGUAUUGCCCACCAGCGUCGAAUUAUAGACGAUGUGCUGUGUCUCAGCAAAUUAGACAGUGGGCUCCUCGUCGUGGCUCCAUGCGAGGUCCAGCCGGCUGUCCUUAUCGAACAGAGUCUUAGGAUGUUUGCUGCCGAAAUCGAGCAGUCUGAAAUCAAUCUACAAUCCACGAUUGACGAAUCAUAUAGAAAGGAGGAGAUUGAUUGGGUAAUGCUUGAUCCGAGUCGAGUCUUGCAGGUCUUUCUGAACUUGGUGACCAACGCCAUCAAGUUCACACGAAACGAAGCGACGCGCAACAUCGAUGUGGUACUAGCAGCAAGCUCUCGGCGUCCCGACCGUUCCCUGAACGGAACAGUGUAUCUGGAUAUGCCCAGCUCAGAGGUAACAGACUUGACCACCGUGUCUCCUGAUGAUGACGAUGAUGUGGUAUACAUCAUAAUCUCGGUCAAAGACACAGGAUGUGGUAUCAAAGCGAAUGAGUUGGAGAACAUCUUUUUACGCUUCCAGCAAUCCUCCCCAAAGACUUACGUGACCUACGGUGGAAGUGGCCUCGGCCUAUUCAUCUCGCGAGAACUCGCACGACUGCAAGGUGGACGAAUUGGCGUCGUUUCAGAGUACGGCAAGGGUUCCAGUUUCGUUUUCUAUGUUAAAGCGACUCGCUGCGGGCCUCCGAGAACUUUGCCGGCCAAUCAAGUGAGUGCAUCGUCUAGCAGAAUUAGUAUACGACGGAAGAACACAGCAUUCCGAAACGGCAUUCCGCAUGCUGAAGGGACGAUGUCCUAUUCCAUACUGCUCGUGGAAGACAACUUGGUCAAUCAGAGAGUAAUGAGCAAACAGUUAGAGAGCGCUGGCCACCAUGUCUAUCUAGCAAACCAUGGCCUGGAAGGCCUGGAAUUCAUCAAAGGGAGCAAAUUCUGCAAGCCAGAUGGAUUGCCCCUGGACGUGAUAUUGUUGGAUCUAGAGAUGCCAGUCAUGGGAGGACUGGAAACAACUCGCCGCAUUCGAGAAUCCGAGGCGGCGGGCGAAAUAUCUCCCAGCAUUCCAAUCAUCGCGGUCACCGCGAAUGCAAGAGGAGAACAGCAACUCACUGCAAAGGAAGCUGGUGUGAAUGCUGUAGUGACGAAGCCUUUCCAAAUGCAAGAGCUGCUACGGGAAGUGGAAUCGGUUCUGCCGCAAGUCGAAGGAGAUUCGGACCACAUGAGAGAGGAAACGUAG